GUGUAGCCUGUUUGACAGCGACGAACACAUUACUUUUUGAAAGAAUAUUACACGAACCCAAAACAAGCAUCGACCAGAGGAACUUUCUAGAGAUUUUAGAGAAUUUCAACUUGUUAUCAACAAACAUGGUCUCUCUCAAUCCUGUGCAGAUCUUCAGUCGGGGUGCAGAAGAAGAAAAGGCAGAGACUGCAAGAUUGUCUUCAUUUGUUGGAGCCAUUGCGAUUGGAGAUUUGGUGAAGAGCACACUUGGACCUAAGGGCAUGGACAAGAUUCUUCAGAGCAUGGGUCGAAGUGAGAAGAUACAGGUGACCAACGAUGGUGCAACCAUUCUGCGAUCCAUUGGAGUGGACAAUCCAGCCGCCAAAGUGCUUGUUGAUAUUUCCAAGACACAAGAUGAUGAGGUUGGAGAUGGAACCACGUCAGUUGUUGUUCUGGCCUGCGAGCUCCUCAGGGAGGCAGAGACACUGGUUUCUAAGCGCAUCCACCCUCAGACCAUCAUUGCUGGCUGGAGAUUGGCAACAGACGAGGCGCGCAAAGCUCUCACUGCAUUUGCCAGGGAUCAUGGGAGUGAUCCAGUCAAGUUCCGUGAAGAUCUGAUCAAUAUUGCGCGCACCACAAUCAGCUCAAAGAUUCUGACGCAGUACAAGGAAAUGUUUGCAGAGCUAUCAGUGAAUGCUGUUAUGCGACUGAAGGGCAGUGGUAGCCUAGAUGCUAUACAGAUCAUCAAGAAGCUGGGAGGCGGGCUCAAGGACUCUUACUUGGAUGAAGGUUUUCUUCUGGACAAAAAGAUUGGUGUAAAUCAGCCCAAGAGGAUUGAGAAAGCCAAGAUCUUGAUUGCCAACACACCCAUGGACACAGAUAAAAUAAAGGUGUUUGGUUCCAAGGUGAAGGUGGAUUCAAUCUCCAAGGUAGCGGAGAUAGAACUAGCUGAGAAGGAGAAGAUGAAAGACAAGGUGAACCGCAUCCUCAAGCACGGCUGUAAUGUCUUCAUCAACAGACAACUCAUCUACAACUACCCAGAGCAGCUGUUUGCCGAUGCAGGAGUCAUGGCGAUAGAGCACGCAGACUUUGAGGGCGUUGAGAGGCUCGCGCUGGUGACCGGCGGGGAAAUAUACUCCACGUUUGACUCCCCCGAGACAGCCCUGCUGGGACAGUGUGACCUUAUAGAGGAGAUCAUCAUUGGAGAGGACAGGCUUCUGAAAUUCUCAGGUGUGAAGAUGGGCGAGGCGUGCACAGUGGUCCUGCGCGGGGCCACUCAGCAGAUCCUGGACGAGGCUGAGAGGUCCCUGCACGACGCCCUCUGUGUGCUCACACAGACAGUCAAGGAAACCAAGACAGUCUUUGGCGGGGGUAGCUCAGAGAUGUUGAUGGCCGAUGCUGUGUUAAAGUUGGCUGCGAAGACGCCUGGAAAGGAGGCCGUUGCCAUGGAAUCAUUUGCCAGAGCCCUGAGAAUGAUUCCUGCCAUCAUCUCUGACAACGGUGGUUACGACAGCUCCCAGCUGAUCUCUGAGCUCAGAGCAGUGCACACAGAGGGAAAGCACACAUAUGGAAUAGACAUGGAGCUUGGAGAGAUCGGGGACAUGGAGAAGCUGGGGAUCACAGAGUCGUUCCAGGUGAAGAGACAGGUGCUCAUCAGUGCCUCCGAGGCCGCUGAGAUGAUUCUCCGUGUUGAUGACAUCGUUAAGGCAGCGCCACGGCAACGCGAGCCAGACCAUCGGGACCAUUAGCGCGUGGAACUUGUUAGAUUAGGAUAUUGACUUAUUUUGAAAUUUUGAAUGUUAGAAAAAGAUUUUAUGAGAAUGCAAUUCCAGAUUUAAGAAACUAAUUUGGUGUGGAGAACUUAUUGCAUCAAAAUAUUACAUGAUUUUUAUUUAACAAAAAAAUGCACUCGUGUUAAUUUUUGUUUCGAUGUUUUAUGAAUUGCGACAUAAAAAACUAUUAGUGUUGAUAGCCUCUAUACUUUGGCUAUUGGUUUUUGUUUAACUUUUGGAAGGUUGAACAUUUAAAAAAAGAUCAAUGAUAAAACAUCAAUGUUCAUUUAAAAGUUUAAAAUACAAUGCCCAGUAAAUGUGACAAAAUUUAUUUGAAAGUGUCAAAAUUUAUUAUGAUGUUAACAUGUUAUGAUUCUUAAUACUGCAUUGUACCUGAUGUGUUAACCAUGUUCGUGGCUGAUGGUAUCAGGUACCUGCCAACAUUGGUCUGGAAUUCCUCAUGGUCAGUGCUAUCAAAGUGAGCUUUUUAAACAAAUGUGUUCAUGUAUUUCGCAAUGGAUGUGACCGACUCAUUUGCAACAAUGCAUACAGCUUGUGUGUGACGUGUGCUGCCCAUUACAUUGUCAUGAUCAUGUUUUAAGCUUGUUGAUCAAAGUAUUUAUAUCUUUGUGUGCUUGAGUGACUUAACUUUUCAUUUUCUAUUCUCAUUUUAUAAUAAAAGUGGGAUAUUUA